AUGAUGGAAGUUAUUAAAGAUACAUUAAAAGAAAUGAAAAAAGCUAUUGACCAAAUGAGUGGUGAUGAAAUAAUUGAGUCAUUUGCAAAGAGUGCAUAUAACAUUUUAAUACAAAUAUCAAAUACAAUAUAUGGAAAAGAUAUUAGAAAAGAAAAUAUCGAUAAUAAUUUAAAAGAAUGUCAUUUAAUAAAUUCUUUUGAAAAUACAUUACAAUUAAAUGAAUUAUUUUAUCUUAAAGAAUGGACAGGACAACAUGAAUUUAGAAUAUUAUAUGAUACUGACCAACAACCUUUUUUACAGGAAUAUAUUCAAUUUACUGUUAUUGGAAGAAAAAACCUUGUUUUAUUAUUUGAAACAACUAAAAAUGCAUUAUUUGGUUGUUAUCUUGAAGCUCCAAUUUAUAUUAAUGAAUAUGGAUUUGCUGAAGAUUUUGAUACAUUUGUAUUUUCUUUAAGAAGUCCAAAAUUGUCUAAACCAACUAAAUUUGGUAAACUAAGAUCAUUUGGCGAUUUGUGUCAUUUUUCUAUUUCAUUUAAAUCUGAUAAACAGUGUAUUAUUAAUGUAGAUGGUGCAUUUUCAAUUAUGUUUCCAUUAAAUGAAGUUGUGUCUGAAGUAAAUCCAAAUUUUAAAGUAAAUUUUAAGAAUGCAUUAGAUUCACUACUUCUUGGUGAUGAUAUUGAUUUUGCAUUAAAGAGAAUGUUCAUAUUAGAUUCAUAUUAA